AACGUUUAAACUACGGAAAACGUGUGCGUACUAGAAACUAAGUGAACGAUCUAGCAUCUGAGUACUUGCUUUUGUAAUUGAGGUGGUUGAAAAAUUUCUACCCAUAAUAAAACUAUGAAUAAAAUCUUCUAGAAACCUAAAGUGUUCGCCAAAGUUUUGAAAUAAAAUUGUGACUAAUUUGCCUGCAGUACAUUACAUUUGGAGAUGUUUUAAUCAAACACAACAAUGUAGUACAGGAAAAAUGGAGUGGACACUAGAAAGGAUAAAUAUACCUCAAAGCUUUAUUGUUCUUGAUAAUGCCUAUAACACGUUCUCGUGUGGGCGAAACACAAAGAAUCAGAUUAUUUGUGUGAGUCUUGUUGUCUCACGACAACACUGCAUGUUCAUCAGAGAUACUAAGACACUCUCCGUUCUUGAUUUGAAAAGUUCUAACGGAGUCUAUGUAAAUGGCAAACUUCAGGAGCCGAAUGUUCUCAUUCCCCUUCAGGAAAAUGAUAUCAUCGGGAUUGGGAGUUUUGAAGAAUACAGGGACAAUGAACCCAUGUUCAUAUACAGAGUACAUAAAGGAAAUCUGGGAGCACGAAACCCAGAUAACUUUGACCUACUACCAACUCAACAAUCAACCUCAUCAUCCGCCUUGGCAAGAGAUGAUAAAAUAAACAAUGAGGAGAUCGUCAUAGAUUCAGAGUCAGAGGAGAGGCAUACAUUGAAACGAAACCAUCCAUCGAGAACAGACACCCACCCUUCUGCUCCAAAGAUUGCUAAGAUUGCAGACAAGAUUCUAGUGAUAGAAGAUGAUGAUGAUGAUGAAAUUUUCAACAAAAACCUGGACAAACCUGUUGUAACGGUUCCUGAAAAAACGGAGGAAUCCGAUGAAAUUAGGAAACUUUGGUCAAAGGAUACUUCAUCAGUGAAAAUGAAAUUUCAGUUGGAGAAUCCAAGUGUCCCCUACAUACAUGCCCUAGAAGCAAACAGCACUACUCGUUCGGGGUCCAGUAGGUCAAAUAUAAAUCUUCAAAAAGAUAACAAGAGCACCAUUCUACGGGAAGUUAGGCAUGCUGAAAACGGACCUCAUCUUACGUCAAUGAAUUCGCAUUCAGCAGCCACAAACAAGUUGGCGACAGAAACUGUUGAUUGUGUGUCUUCCAAGUCGAAAAGGUCGAUCACCGCCGAAAGAGACCAAGUGAUGAUAGAAGUUCAACAUAUUUGUGAUCUAUUCGAUCAAAGCUCUGGUACAAAAAAUGAUGCAAAUACGAAGAAACGAGUCUUCCGAGAUAAGCUUACAAACUCCGCCAGAUGUACUGUCGACAACUCAGAGCCCGUCGAAAUUGCGAACAUUCAGAAUAAGGGCGAAAAGAUCGAUUCUCGAGGCAACGCGGAUAACAAAGGCACACUGUUUAACAAGCUUUUGACUUUUAUUGGAGGAAGUUCUGCUACAAAAAACAAUUCAAAGAGAAAAAAUAAAGUCCCUGCAGCCACGCUUACAAACUCUAGUAGAUAUACCUUCGACACUUUGGAGCCCACUGAAAAGAUUAGCGUUCAGAAUAAUGGUAGUAGAAAUAAUUUUCAGGGCAUGAGUGAUGAGGGUAGAAAAGGCAACACGCUUUCGAAUAACCCGACUCUGUCCAAACGACGUUCUGGUACAGAGAACGAUGCAAAUACCAGAAAUCGAGUUUCUUCGGACACGCUUGCGAAUUCCGCUAGACGUACCCGCAAUAUUCGGGAGCCUACUGAAAAUUUCGAAAUUCAGAAUAAGGGCGAUUACAUCGAUCUUCGGGGCAUCAAGGACUCUUCACUGAUAUCCAAGGGAAAUGUUGCAUUUAAGUGUGAUCUACAAAGAAAUAAUUCGGACGAUAGAGAAAAGCCGACAAUACCUUGUAAAACCACGGGACGAAAUCCGUUGGAUAGAUCGUCUUACAUGGAUGAAAUUCCACUGGCGGCUUCCUCGCCUUUCAAAGAAAAAGAGGCCAAACAGGAUUUUACAACGAGUUUCUCAGUAUCUGAUACGACAAAUUUGAGCGAUGAUGAUGAGGACAUAUUCCCGAAUUCUCAACUUUUUCACUCAACGAACGACGCAGCAGAGUUCAACAUGGACGACGAACUGUUUGAAGUAGAGGAAAAGCAAAUUCCCGAUUAUAACAGUAAACCCGAAUUCUUGGAUAAUGGAGAAAUUCAAGAUCACGGGGAAGUAAUCACACUUUCGGAUAGCGAGGACGAUGAAAACCCCUGGCUAGAUAGGCUUUCGAGAAGUCAAAGAAUAAAAGAAGAAGAAUCUGACAUUGUCGAGGAACAGGGUUUGAAUGAUCCACUUUUAUGGGAAGAAAUGAACAAAGAUUUUUUCUUCGACGAAGCUGAAGAACCUCAAGUUCGCCAAGGUGAAGGAACUAAUUUGGAGAAAGAUGGUGUACAUCCGCAAUCUCCACCUAGGACAGACGGCCCAUCGAUCCCUUUUCUCAAAUUGGUAGCUAUCGAAAAACUUAUCGGUGAUGAUAAAGUAGACCGUGAUCAAGAUCACAUCACCCAGACAUCGGAUUCACUGCACAUCGAAUCGGUUACUGCGGACAAAAGCGGUGAUGAGAACCUCGGAAGACCGCCGCCAGUAAAAUUACUCAUCCCUAAAGGGCCCCAAAUAAUUGAGCCACUGCAUUUACCCCAGAAAAAGCGACGCAGUUUAAAAGACGCUCUUGAAAAAACCGAUACAGAGAUAUUGAAUCCACCUUCAACAAGUAGCAUCUGUAACUUCAAGGUGAGGAAUUGCAGCGUUGAGUUACAAAAAUUACCUUUAACUGCCAAGCAGAAAAGGCAGCUACAAAUGGUAUCCAGAGCCGACCAAAAAGCGUACGAAGAAGAGCAGCGGUUGAGAAGGAUAAAAAAUAGGUGGGCACAGAACAUUCCAUUGCCUGUGGGUAAACGUAACAGUGUAAUGAUUUCCCGAACCAAAAAAUCGGAGAUCAUCAACGAGCGGAAAGAAAAACUCAAAGCUCUUGCCGCUAAGCACAAAGCGGAUAAUCAAAAGCCUUCCGUUGAAAGAAUUGCCGCGAAAGCAAAGGCCAAAGUAACUCUGAAGACUAGAGGUGACUUUCUGAUCACCGAGCAACAGACCGUCUCAUCUACCAAACCUGCUGCCAAAUCCUCAGAGGCUGCAAAGAGUAAAACAGAAGAAAAAUCCCCAAAAUUAAAAAAAAAAAGUUCAAACCAUGCAAGUAAAUCUGAGUCAGUGAAAGUCACAAAAAAACCUACCUCGUCUGCAGGUAAAUCUGUAUCAAAGAGAAACUCACAAGAAUCUACACGCAAGAAAACCAAAGAUGAGCAAAGCAACAAUAAAAAGGAACCUAGUCAAAAACUAUCACCGAAUAAGGAAAAUAGAAGAGAAUCUGGUCAAAAAUCGUCGCCGUCGAAGCAACCCAAAAAAGCCGAAACGCCUAAUGACAAUAUCCCAAAAUCUACUGGGGGUCGUCCGGUGAUCACAGACAUAAAAACUAUCAAAUUGCCGCUGGGGGCAUGUUUGAAAAAGAAAAAAGACCAGCUUCCGACUACUUCUGAUAAAUCUCUAAUAAAAAAAAAAAAGAGAGUCAGAUUCAGCAGUGACUUGGUCACUGUUAGAGUCUUCGAGAUAGAUCCUAAUAAUAAGAUGAAAAAAUGUGUUGGAAAAGACGCUCUGAUUCCCAGGGAAAAAUUGGUACUUGCCAACAAUAAUGUGCCCGACGACACGUUGUACAAAUUAGAAGAAUUUUUCGUGCAAAUAUUUACCUGGAAUCCUUCAUGGCUUGAGGAACAAAGGUACCUGCAAAGCGAACCACCCAUUCUUAACAACAAGACCUUAAUUCCGAUGCUAACAAACUACAGAAGUUACAAGGAAUACUAUCAGGUCAUGUCGCCACCAAUGCUGAUUGAACUGUGGCAGGGAAUGACCAGGGAAUUUGAAAAUAUUAACAAGAACUAUAGACGAAAAACGGUGUAUUGCUCGGUCGUCAGCAAUUCUGUGUCAGUCCAAAAGAUCAGCGGACCGAAUUUGGAAAUGACAUCAAUGAUGUUGGAAGUGUUGGCGAGCAACGAAGACAUUAAAAAACAGUGCCAUCCGAUGUUCGGAGAUUUGGUGUACGUCGAGCUUUGCUACAAGAACGAUGAAAAAAAGCAGUGUUUCCUCAAGGUUUUCGCUUAUAUUACGAACAUGAUUCGGAAAGCGAUCACGCCCAAUACUUUCUUCAAUCGUGAUCUACACAUCUACACGCCAAAACCGGACUAUGUUCUAACUUUCACCGUCAUAACGAGAUUGUUAAAAGUGGAUGUUUGUACGAAUCGCUUAUCGCGUCUAAGGUGCGUUACGUACUUGCGGUCGAAUAUGCGGAUGGUUCAGGCCCUCCAAUACUUGCCCAAGUCACCUCUUGUUAAUCUCAUAGUAAACCCACGUAUUGAAGAUUACCAGUUGUCUGAUGUUGAACAUCAGUCUGCUCUCGUCACGAGAGAUUCUCUGAAUCACAAGCAAUUGGAGGCCGUUUUAAAAGCGACGGAAGUCAUUGUUCGAAGAGUGCCAAAAAUUUGCCUCAUUCAAGGACCGCCGGGUACCGGUAAAUCGAAGGUGAUAGAAAACAUAGUCAUGCAGGUACUUUACGGCGACAACAGGUAUAAAAAGAAGGAACAGAGCCUCAGGAUACUUCUAUGCGCCCCAUCAAACGCAGCGAUCGAUGAAAUUGUUCUACGUCUUCUGAGUCGAAGAGCAAGCCUCGCAAAGGACCGGUUCAAAAUGGUCCGUGUCGGUAUGCAGGGCCCCAUGCACCCACGGGUCAGAGAAAUUUCCGUCGAGGAACUUGCGAAGAGGCUCACAAGAAAAGCUUACGCUGGCUAUACAAAUUCUGACUCGUGUGUGGAUAGCCUCGAGGAUGAGAAGAGAUAUCUGGAGGCGAGAAUUAACGCUAUAAAUAUGGAGUUGACUAGCAGUCGACUAACAGACAUGUGUCACGUACAGUGUCUGAACAUGAAACUCGCAGAUCUCCAGACGAAAUAUAACUUGGUUAAAAACCGCUUGCAAUCCAAGGACAGCGAAUUCGACUCUCGCGAAUUCGCUAAGUUGCAGCGAUCCGCGGAAAAUAAGGUAUUGAUCGGCGCUGACAUAAUCGCGUGUACUUUAUCUUCCUGUUACGCAAACUUGAUGGAAUCUGCCUUCAGUGGCCGUCGAAACAAGAUAACGGUAUGCAUAGUCGACGAGGCGACUCAAAGCUCGGAAGCGGAAACUUUGAUCCCGCUUAUGCUCGGAGUGAACACUUUGGUACUCGUUGGGGAUCCAAAUCAGCUCCCAGCGACCGUCAUUUCUCAGAAAGCGAAACAGCUGGGACUCGACCAAUCGUUAUUUGCACGGAUCCAAAUUGCCUUCAGUUUGCAAGAAAACAGUCCGGUGAUCAUGUUGAAUAUGCAGUACAGGAUGAACCCCAGCAUUUCCUACUGGCCGAACCAAUUUUUUUACGCUGGCAAAUUGAGAAACGCACAUCCCGAGAACGAACACGGUCUACCCUUACGUCCGUACAGAGUCAUGGACCUUGAUUCCGAACAAGACUCCGAUAAAUUUACCAAUAAGAACGAGGCGGCAUUCGUCGCAAAUGUCGUCUGGAGCAUAAUCAGCCUCGUGGAUUGUGGAGUGGCUAUACCGAUCAUAUCGAUAGCCAUCAUAACGCCGUAUCGUAACCAGCUGCCUGUAAUACAAGCCAAAGUAGAUGAGAAGCUUUCCCCCAUCAAGGAAGGUAUCCAAGGUAGAAUACAGAUAGAUGUGAACACGGUAGACAGUUUCCAGGGCCAGGAACGCGACAUCGUUGUAAUGUCGUGUGUCAGAUCAAACGGACUCGGAUUUUUAGCGGAUCGGCAACGACUUUGCGUCGCUUUAACCAGAGCCAAACAGAGCCUAGUAUUAUGCGGCAACUUCAAAAACUUCGUGAGAGAUCCGAUGUGGAGCGCUCUGCUUUACGACGCUUCAACCAGGGGACAUCACGUACCGAUAACCGCGACCGCACCACCAGCAGAAAUAAUACCACAUUUGAUAAAAUAAGAUAAUAAUGCAUAAAAGUGAGAAAAAACCGUCAAACUUUGACCAAAAAAAGUUGAUAUCAAUCACCGUGAUAAAAUUGAUCAUCUAAUUAUAGUUUGUGACAAGUACCUCGUACUUAUCUGUACAGUAACUACCAGUAUUUAAGUACAGAAAAUCUUUUAUUUUUUACUUUAUCUUCUAAGUAUGAUUUUUAUUUUUUAAUACGUAGUCGUGUGUUUAUAUGAGAACGUGUAAGAUUAUGUUUUUGAAAGUCGUUCGUUCGUCAUGAUUGGAAGGAAAAAGUCAUGACCAAUAGUUCCUCGGAAAGUACAAAGCCCGAAAUAUAUGCUCGAAUAAAAUAUAUGCAAUAAAAUUGGUGAGAAUUAUCCCUCAAACGCGCAGACGCUGAAAUGACCAGUGUCCGGUGAUUCCAGGUGUUCGUAUUUACGCGACCCUUCUCGCAACCCUUGCGAUGUAGUGUCCGCGUAGUGACCAGAAGGUACCUGAACUCGACCGCAAAAUUUUCAGUUCCCAUCGUCGAAUCAUCGGUUGGAUAGAAAUUUAUUCAGUUAAUUAUUCCAC